GAUGAAAGUGAAACAUCUGGAAUCAGCUCUAUCUUCACUGCAGAGAGAAUUUCCGAAUCCCAAUGUUGCCUUGGAACAAUAUCCAACAAGCGCUCACCUUGCAGCUAGAGUGAUUGCUUUUGCCGCUGAGAAUGGCGAUCUUGGAAGGGGCAUGUCGUGUUUAGAUCUUGGUUGUGGGACUGGUAUGCUUACUUGUGCUGCCGCAUUUCUGUGCGAUGUUGUAAUCGCAGUGGAUUGCGACAUCGAAGCCCUGCGUGUGGCACAAGAAAAUGCUUGCUCUAUCGAACUUGAUGACACUACUAACUUUAUCCAGGCAAUGGUUCGAAUAGGUUCAAACUCGAGAGUGGCAAAGAAAGGCGCAUCAAAACGAAAAGGAACUGGGCGCGGGCGUGGACAACGACCUCCACAACGGAACACAAAGGAAAUAUUAAUCGAAGGACUGAGUGAUGGUAUUCCAAUGAAGGAUAAUUGCGUCGACACUGUUAUAUCCAACCCUCCGUUUGGAACAAAGAUGAAUGAAGGGAUCGAUGCGCAAUUCUUGCGUUCUGCAACCCGGUUGGCUAGAAAAGCAGUUUAUUCAUUUCACAAGACCUCGACAAGACCAUUUCUUUCGAAGCUGGUUGCGGAAUGGGGCUACAAGCUUGAAGUUGCGGCCGAGAUGAAAUUUGACAUUCCACAGUCGUAUAAAUUUCAUAAGCAAGCAACUAAAGAUGUCAAGGUUGACUUGUUGAGGGUAGUGAUAUAA